AUGUACAUCUUGCUGUGCGGCUAUCCACCUUUCUUUGGAGAUUCCGAUGCCGAGAUCUUGUCGCGGGUUCGUUCUGGGAACUUCAGCUUCAACGAUGCGGACUGGAGGCAUAUCUCUGACAUGGCCAAGGAUUUGAUCCGUGGUCUUCUUCGAAUGAGUGAGAUAGAACGCGUGAGUGCCAAACAGGCCUUGUUUGAUCAAUGGAUCAUCCAGACAGCACCUGUCUUGAGAGCUCCCUUGAAGCAGAAGUACUUUGAGAACAUGCGCAAGUACGUAGGGUUCAACAAAUUCAAGCAAGCUACUUUGCAAAUCAUUGUUUCUCAGUUGGAACCAGAGAUUGCAAAGCCCUUGAUUGAUACCUUCAUGUGGAUAGAUAGCUCGGGAGAAGGACAUAUUGAUGCGGCGGAGAUAGAAGCAGGUAUGAAGAGGGCUGGAUGGACCGAGAUCGAAAUCCCCGAGGAUUUAGAGGAGAUGGUGAAUAGCUUGGAUGCUGAUGGCAGCGGAGAGAUUGGGCUUGGAGAGUUUGUGGCAUCGAUUCUGGACCUACAGGUCUACGCGCGGGAGGAGACCUGUUGGGCAGUCUUCCGCAUCUAUGAUCAAGAUGGCGAUGGAUUGAUCGGAAAUACUGACGUUUACAACAUUUUGAACAAUGGUCAGCCAGAGGAGGCCAUCAGUGCACACGAGUGUCGGGAGCUCAUCAAAGAAGCGGAUGAGGAUGGAGACAAGAGGAUCAGCUUCGCGGAGUUUCUGAACAUGAUGAAGGGUGUCUCAGGGAACAAGAAGGAAAAGAAGAAGGGAAGUGGGCAAGAAUUUGAUAUCCAAAUCGACAUGAUGGACGACUUGGCAAACAUCAACACGGAGCAUGAAGCUGAAAAUGCUUUCAACAGCACAGAGGACGAGAACCCUCUAUCCCAAGCGGCUGAGCGCCUAUCCCAAGAUGCAGCACUGAGCCUGCAGGAACUGCCACAUCUGGAGGCUGUGGAGGAAGCUAUGGCAAAAGUUGAGCACACUACACCAGCAGAGGAUGUGCUCCCAGCGGAGGAUGCGGUGCCAAAGGCUGACAUCCCGCCAGCAGAGGAGGUGGCGCCGGCAGAUGAUAUAGCACCAGUGGAGGAUGUGGAGGGCGUGGCUGACAUGGCACCUGAGGAUGUGGCGCAGGUGGAUGAUGUGGCACCAAUGCAGGGCAAUACAGUGGAGGUGGCAGUGAACUCAGUGAACUCGCCUAAGGUGGAGGUGAAGCGAGGGGCGUCUGGGCUCUAUGUCGCUGCCCUCUCCGUCGGCACCCCACCACAGAGGAUUUGGAUGGCUCUGGACACUGGGAGUAGCUGGUCGUGGAUUCCUGAAGCUGAAUCAGGAGAAUCUGCUGGGUUCCACACUUCAAAGUCAUCCUCAGCAACUUUGGGUGAUGAGAAGAGUUUGACCUUUGCGGACGGCGAUACAGUCUCUGGGCACAUCCUGAAGGAGCAUAUCUCGAUUGGAGGACUUGAGGUUUCAGAUGCAACCAUGGUGUUGGCACAAAACACUACAGCACCUUCAGGAGAGGGGCUACUGGGUCUUGUGGAUGACAACACCAAGGAACCAGCGGCCUGGCUACGUGGCUUCUUCAGGAAGAAGAACAAGGAUAACACGGGACGCAGCAUCAUGACGAGUCUCUGGGACGCACAUCAAGAGGUUCCGCAGACCUACCGCUUAGAAUUGGGGCUGCCGAGUCCCCAGCUGCUGGUUGGCGUUCCCAGCAGCGAUUCGUCUCUCUCAGGGCCCAGUGAUAUCACAUUCCUGGGGCCUACAUUGACGCGACUUGUGCCUAACUGGUAUGUUUCCAUGAGAGCCAUUGGUUUGAGCUACGGAAAGGAUAACCCGUCUUUGCGGAUGAGCUUUGAUUUCAACUCCGAAUUUGCCUUCGGAGCAGCCGCUUUGCUGGACUCAGGUGCCACAGCCAUUAGGGUUGGUUCUGGCAUUUGGGAGCGAAUCAUGCUGGGCAUGCCCAAUGGUUGCCGGCAAGGCAAACAGGGCGAGAUCGGCUGCCCAUGCAAGGAAGAGCUUCCGACCAUCUCAAUGAGUCUGGAGACUAUGGCCACCUUCCGAAUCUUGGGCCUGGACAGUGGGGCCGACAUCAUCGUCUGCAUCCCUCCAAGUGCUUAUGUCACACAAAGCAAUAAAUCCAAAGAUUGGUGCGAGUUGGCCAUUGUGAACGCUGGGGAGCACCAUACAAUGUGGGGGUUGGAGGCAGUUGUACUUGGACUUCCUUUCUUCAGGUCUGCUAGUGUCGUCUUCGAUGCUGGCAAUCGCGUGGUUGGGGUGGAGCCUGUUCAAAGGAGAGACUCCUCGAAGGCCAUGUGCAGUGACCCAAAGAACUGGUGGUCCACUGGAAGGCGCUUCAGCCCAAAGCGAGUGGUGGUCGCCUUGAUGAUUGUGACCAUGAUUAGCUCCUAUGUCUUCGUGGGCUUCUCACAAAGCCGGACUGCGGAGCGGUUGAGGGCUUUGCUGGAAAGCCUCCUUGGGCCGACGUUCUCAAGCCCGAGUCCAGGAGACGACAGGUCGCGCCACGCUUUUGGAACACCCUGGCAUCAGGUGUAUGGGCGGCCGCUACACCAUGGCAACACCGCCGGGGAGGCAUAUCCCAAGAAAGUAGUGCCCGGCGUUUUCAAUGGUGUGCCAGGUGAUGUUCCGUAUGAGAAGAAGCUCUGGUACAUUCGUGACACUGGCGACUUUGCUGGGAGUUCGAGCCUCCGUUGCCGCGGCCGGGAGAGUGGUGAAUGCAGUUUCAAGUCCACUGCAAACUCGAUUGGCUUUCCUUCGCCUGCUUCGCCUGGAGUGCUGUCACCCUCUGCGAGCGCACCAAAUCUAGCCGCUCCUCAGGCUCAUGAGCUUUGA